ACGACAGUGUCGUACACAAUCAGUACAUACUUUGAUAUAUCCCUCUCUCUCUCCAUCACAUUUCCGCUCAUCCUUGUCAGUACAUCGCCGUACGCCAGGUACCUGACAAUUGUCAGUCCACGAGAUAAUUGAUGUGCUACCAACCGGCAAAUCCCUCCAUAACUUACACACAUACGAACGAUCAAGAUCAUUAUAACUGUAUUUUUUUUCAUUUGUCGGCUGACCACUGAGCGCGCAUUCCUUGACCAGCAAACCAGAAAUAAACAUAUGCGUGGAUGUUGGAUUAGUCAAUGGUGUUGUGUGGCUACGCUGGUGUGCGGUCGGAAUUGUUGAUGCCGGUAGCCUAAACCGGAUCGCCUGCUUGCGUUGUACGGGCAGAGCCAGCGCUUCCGUUGUCUCGUGCAUUGCGCGGGAUUGUUCUGUGCACCGGAGAUUAUACUGCACACGCAUUAAUUGUUCUAGAAAUCCGGCAAAAAGUGGAACGGAUUAAUAAUGCCCAUUCCAUUGUGGCUGUUUGAAUUUUUUGCCCUCUUAUCGGCGUUCCAGAGAACCUAUGGGGCCAGUCACAACGUUUCCGGUUUAUCCAGAAAUCGUCAGUUUCAGGGCACUUACGGACCUUCUCACAAUCCGUCGAAUGUGCCCAUUCAGACACUUAUGUCCAGAAAUGUGUGCCGCGGAAGAACAGGCUAUGUGGCGGACACGAGUCGCAAUUGUCAAGUUUUUUACAACUGUCUCCCUGAUGGGACGAUUACCACUAGCACUUGUCCUGGUGACUACCUUUUUGAUGAAACCACUCAGUGCUGCAAAAUGCCCCACGAUGUCAAUUGUGCCGGUUAUCCCGACGCCAACCAGGGUGCCAUACGUCCAACGGUUUCUUGCAUGGGAAAACGUGGAUUCUAUCCAGACCUUCCUUCCGGAUGCAGGAUAUUUUACUUCUGUGAACCAAGCGGUCGCUCCCGUCAGUUAAGCUGUCCAGAUGGAUUACUUUUCAAUGAGAUCAUCGGAUGUUGUGAUAUUGCUCAAAAUGUUCGCUGCGGAGGAGCUCCACUUCCUCCGUCGACGUCACCGGUUCCGGUCGACGGCGGGGAAGUGUUUUGCCGCAGCCAUCCUCCCGGUUUCUAUAUGAACCCGACGGACUGUUCAACGUACUUUUACUGCCAGAACAGUAAUCGGCACAAUCUACUACGCUGUCCCAAUGGACAGGCAUUCAACGAACUGACCAGUAGCUGUGAUAAUGAUUUGAGCCGUUGCAAUGGAGUGCAAAUUGACCGUAGAGUUUUCGAUUGCACUGGCCGAAGCGGAUGGUAUUCGGGUAGCGAUCCAAACUGCCAAUAUGCCUUCUACUGCAACGCCGGAAUCGGUUAUAUGCACAGAUGUCAAGGUAACUUACGGUGGAAUGCAUUUACUUUGUCUUGCGAGCCAAGAGAAAGAGUUCAAUGCCCACGCAACGGCAACACCGGAAGUGGUCAAACCGUGGUGAUAAGACCGCCAAUAACGCCGGUAACUACCGGUACAAUAGCGCCGCCACAAAGGCCUGGCAGCUACGGUCCUGCAACACAAAAUCCGUAUGGAGAUUACCUGUUCACCACGCAACAGCCGUGGAAUUACGGGAAUGGUGGCGGUGUGUUAACAUACCCAUCGGUGACUACAACGGUGUCGACUUAUUACACCUAUUCGUCCACCCAGCAUACCACGAACACUAAUCCAGGAUUAGGGAUUGACCGUACUUACGACUGUCGCGGCAAAAUCGGCUAUUAUGCGGUUGUCGAAAGUGGAUGUUCACAGUUUAUCUACUGUAAUCCGGAAGGGAUUGCGCAUCGUUUUGCUUGCCCGAGCAUUUUACUGUUUAACAAUAGUUUAUCAGUUUGUGAUUGGCCACAAAACGUUCGCUGUCAAAAUCAAUACACACCGGGAUUUUUGCCCAACACUUUAACCCCGCCAAAUUUUGAUUGCCGAGGCAAAAACGGAUUUUUUGCUGACCGAACACGUGGUAGUCGAUUGUUUUAUCUCUGUCAUUCUGACGGUGGGAAAUUCCAGUAUGUCUGUCCAGCAAAUCUGGUGUUCAAUGAACAAACGUCCGUGUGUGAUUGGCCUGACUACAUGAAGCAGACUGGUUUUACUUCCGGUUCCCAAACAGGCGGCAGAACGCAGACGUCGGCGGCCCAAGUUGAAUGGAACGGACCAGCCUUGGACUGCCGGCUGCGACCCGCCGGAUUCUACGCUAAUCCCAACAACAAUCAAGUGUACGCCCGCUGCACACCGGAUGGCACCUUUAUUGCCAUGCCCUGCCCACAGGCUACUGUUUUCGACCAGGGACUGGGAUUAUGUGUUUUUCCUUACCAAGUUGGACAAGCUCAGACCUACCAAGGAAAUUACGGAAGUUCGACGAAUACCGGUGGCAGCUAUAAUAGCAAUGUCAACGGUAACACGGGUGGAGCAGAUUAUCAAGGAAAUUACCAAGUGAGACCAACAAGCACCGAACAAUACCAGCCGCGUCCCGUACCAAAUACAGCAACGUUCAGGCCUCCGCCGGUGGUAACGACGACCUCGUAUGUCGCUCAGCUGCGUCCGUAUACCGGCCCGGGAAGUGGGCAGCAACCACCGUCGGUCACUACGGUUGGAUACAGUUACAAUGAAAUCGAAGAAAACAAUAACAACAACGACAAUAUUAACUACAACAAUAACCAGUACCAGUACUCUACGGAACCCGAGCCCAGCGGUUUCCCGGGAACGUAUCCCCCGUAUACGCCACCGCAAUCCCCACCACCACCAGUUGCACCGGUUAAUCAGAAUUUUCAAUCCGGAAACAACAUCGAUAGUUUCUUCCAAGGCGAAGAAUACAACAUCCUAAGCGGCAGCAACCAGUUUUCUCCACAAAACCAAAACAAGCCCGACUAUGGUUACGGUCAAGUGCAGCAAGGGAAUGUCAACUACCAGCAAACCGGUCAGUCGUUUAACUACCAAUUCCAAGGGGGAAAUUACGGAGGACAACAGCAGCAACAGCAACACCCGGGAUAUGUACCAACAUCACAACAAACUCCCGCUGUGUGUCUGGGAGCGGCUGGGCUGUACGCCGACCGUGCCAGCAGUUGUCGACGGUAUUUUGUAUGUCAGUCUGAUGGGAGCGGAAGUAUACGUGUGUGCCCAGGGACGUCUGUCUUUAAUGAAUUAACCGGUAAAUGCGAAAACUCCCGGAAUGUCAACUGCUUCUCUAACGCGCCGGGAAUUGUGCAGCCGUCUGUUCCGGUAUGCAUGAAUGGGAAUAAUGCCAAUAAGUUUGUACCCGAUCCGACCAAAGGAUGCAUGACCUUUUACAACUGUGAGCAAAAUGGACGAGGAACCGGAUUCCGUUGCCCAGCCGGCAUGCAGUUCAACCCCAAAAUAAAUGCCUGUGACGACCCAAGGAACUGCAACUGCGCUCCAGAGAACGGUGGAACGAUUAACAUCAAGAUUCCUGUACCGACAACCGUGGUCACCGGCACCAGCGACAUAUAUCGGUCAAAUCUACAACAAUAUUCCGGAGACUAUUCCACAGCUAAUCAAAACAUGGAUCUGGAUAUUCGAGUUCGCCGGCCUGUCGUUACAUCCGGAAUGUUGCCCUUGGUUCCUGGCUACGAUUCGUCUCUGUAUGCUGAUGCUUCCGGAAGUCAUGCGCGCCUGCCAACAUUUUUCUCUGACGAUGACAGUUUGGGAAGCAAUGCAUCCUCCAUUGUCCUAGAUAUUGUUAUAGGUCCGCCUUCCAAGGAAAAUACCACUUUGGUGGCUGCCAAUACAACACAAGUGCCUGAAGUGGCGAAUUCGAACAAAGUUUCCAAAUUGGAACAGGCUGAUGACGCUUUGCCGGGAGAUAAUUAUUUUAGAAUAAACAGAACUAAAAACAAAUCAUUAGAGAAGAUUUUUAAAAUUUUUACUGAGCGGCAUUCAAAAGAUUCUCUAAGUUAGUUAGACAUUUGUUGCGUAUUAAGAGCCUGUUUUGAGUUUUUUUUUUCAGAGACGCCGCUAAACAAACUGUGAUGAGAUUUUAUUGUAAAAAGAAGUGCUAUGUUUUAUUCUUUGUUGAACCAAAGUUUAUUGGAAUCUUCCAUGAAAAGACUAAAAAAUAUUAAAAAAUGUCGAUGAUUG